CAUUUAGUUGGUCAUACUGUCGGAUGCUGCGAAUCAAUAAAUUCAUCUCAACCCUCACCAUGUAAUCUUUCGUAAAAUUCGCCGUAUUUUAAUUUUUUUUCACCGAAAUGGGCUUGUUUCACGGUUUUUUGUAUUGUUUUUUGUGGUAUUCGAGUAUAAUGGCUGGCUAUGCGAUGUUUUGUCCCCUUUUGCCACUUCUGUUUAUUUCAAACAAGUUUUACCGAACGUGUACGGACGCUUUAUUUACGUUCUGGCAGUUUUAUCCGACGGUGUUGCUCGAGUUACUGUGCGGAUGCGAGAUACAAGUAUCUGGUGAUGCCAUUCAAACGGACGAAACGUCGCUCAUUGUUAUGAAUCAUCGGACGCGGACGGAUUGGAAUUUUUUGUGGCCCACGAUGUAUCACUCUAUUUCAGGAAGCGGGAAAUUCAAAUUUGCCACCAAAUUUGUGCUAAAAGAUGUCAUAAGACACAUUCCAGGGCCGGGCUGGGUCAUGCAAUUGGCCUGUUUUGUCUAUAUUAAGAGAUGUUGGGGUUUGGAUAAGUUAACUCUGGGGAAAGCGAUUGAUUAUUUCUCAGAACUUGGAUAUAAGUAUAGUUUGUUGGUUUUUCCUGAAGGUACCGACUUUACCGAUAGUACCAAAGCCAAAAGUGAUAACUUUGCACGAAAAAAUGGGCUUGAAAGUUACGAUUUUGUUCUGCAUCCUAGAACUACAGGUUUUGUGUUUUUGGCCAAAAAAAUGUUAGAGAAGAAGGCGCUGGAUGCGGUUUAUGACGUCACGUUGGUCUAUCCUGAUUUGGUACCACAAAACGAAGCUAUUUUAUUGAAAGGAAAUUUUCCAAAACUGGUCAAAGUACAUUUAGCAAGGUACCCUAGUGCCGUUUUGCCCAAAACGGAGGCCGGCCUUUGCGAUUUUUUGCAAAAACGCUGGUUGGACAAAGAACGUACUCUACGUGAGUACCACUCAACGACUCAAUUUCUCCACGGACGAAUCCUCAAAAGUGAAAAUCGUUGGGAACUACUUCUUGCGCUAUUUUUUUGGACAUUGUUGCCGUUUUUUGUCACUUAUUUAUUGUGUGUGUAUUGGUGGUACCGUUUUGUGAUUUUGGGCCAUACCGUGUUUUUAAUUAUUGUAAAUGUGACAAUGGGUGGGUUCCAAAAUUUCGAAAUCUGGUGGUACCACCUUAGGAGAAAAAACUAGUUUAAGUACCUAAUUAUUAUUGGAAAAUGUGAAUUCAAAUGUGCCAAAAUAUUUAUGUAUUAAUUAAUAAAGUCGGUGUUUGAAGAUUA